AUGAAGGCUUUGGGUAACUUUUUAGUAGUGGUUGUUGUAUUAGCUGAGAUUUCAAUGUUUUUGACAGAGACGGAUAAUAAUUCUUUGAAAUUUGUGGCUGGGUUGAACAAGCUGUUGAGCAAUUCGGAUAAAAUAAUACAUGAUUAUUGUGAUGACGAGAGAAUAUCGUGCAACAAUGAUAGUCAAAUCAGUAGUGUUACGUUGUAUAAUAUUGAGCCAUCUGCUUUUCCUAUAGGUAUUACAGUAAUUAUUGAUACAUUAAAUGAGUUAAUGAUAACAUGGGCGAACCUAAAAGGUAAUAUUCCAAAUGAAAUUUACAACCUGAAGAAAUUGCAAUAUCUGGAUCUCAGAGAGAACAAAAUUAAUGGUAGUUUGAAAAGUAAUAUCAAGAAUAUAGAUGAGUUAAACUAUCUAAAUUUAUAUGAAUCAAAUCUAUCUGAAUCGAUACCAAUGACCUAUAUUCAUUGA